AUGGCGCGCGUCGUACAUCUAAGCUCCUUCCAGAUGGUGACUUUUUCUUCUGAAGUAGCUGAGGGUAAGCUUCUCUCGAAGUUUCAUACUCCUACCAAAAGGAAAGAGCCCGAAGAAUCUGAUGAUACCCAUAAAAAAAUAAAAUGCUCGCCAAUUGAAAUCGAUUCGUCGAAUUUGCCCGUGCCGCUUUUACCUUCAGCGCAGGAGCCGAGUUAUCUGUGUCAAUGGCGAGCGCCACAGACGCGUAAACAUAAAACUUGGGACGGUGAUGCAAUUCUUGUUGUUCAUGAGAAUAACAAGACAUGCUCACUUCGAUCUAUUCAUGAUGGCUCGAUGCUGAUAACAAAUGCAUCGCUCCGAAAACGAACUGUCAACGAAGGGGACGAGUUUUAUGUUGGAGGCAAGGAGGUAUUAAUUGAGCGCUCCAUGAGUGGCUUAAUUGGCGAUCAAGGUCAAAAUUUCGGUGCUCAGACACACGCCACAUCUGUACCGCGGCAUGGCCCUUCCAUGUUCUCUCUACCGCCGCGCCAAAAACCUAUUCCUGCUUCACAGUUCUAUUCAACACCCAAAUCGGCUAUAACAUCGACGUCUAGUACUCUAUCAGCUUACAGAUACUCAAGAUCAGAGCCGCAGUCAAAAUUUGAUUCGUCCUCUCCAGACGCAGUUGUUAUGAAACGUCCAAAUGACAAACACUACGAGCUGUUCGGUAAAGGCUGUCCAAUUGUUGACGUCGUUCUCGAUCCUGAACUGGCUCCGAAUUUAAGACCCCAUCAAAUUGAAGGUGUUAAAUUUAUGUAUGAAGCCGUGACUGGCAUAAGCUCGCUUGAAAAUGGCCACGCCUCGCCUGGACAAGGUGUAAUUCUUGCUGAUGAGAUGGGCCUUGGUAAAACCCUUCAAACAAUUGCUCUCAUAUCCAUUUUAAUUCAUCAAAAUUGUUACUUUUCUCCUCUUCGCACCGGUACAGUGGACAAAGUGUUGAUAGUAUGUCCAUUGACUUUGGUUGUAAAUUGGAAGCGCGAAUUUCGCAAGUGGUUGGGAAGAAAUUCUAUUGGGGUUUUGGCCGUAGAAGGCGAUGGACGAAUUGAGGUGGAACAAUUUGUGAACAGCAGACAAUACCAAGUUCUGAUUCUUGGGUAUGAACGACUUCGAAGCUCGGUCCAGCGGCUAUCGCGCGCUAUACCGGCCAUUGGUUUAGUGAUCUGCGAUGAGGGACAUCGUCUGAAAUCAAGGGACACAAAAACGACGCGAUGUUUCGAUAUUCUUCAAACGAGACGUCGUAUAUUGCUCACCGGAACGCCUAUUCAAAAUGACUUGCGCGAGUUUUAUACCAUGGUGGAUUUUGUGUAUCCGGGUCUCUUUGAUCAGUAUAGUGUCUUCAAACGGGUGUUUGAAGAUCCAAUUAUGCGUAGUAGGGCCCAGCACUGCUCCUCUCAAGCACUGGAACUAGGGAAAAAGCGAAACAAAGCAGUAUGUAUUUGA